GAAAGUGUGUGCGGUCACGUGUAGCUUCUCCUCCUAGCGUAAGGACGCAGCGGUGCCUGUUCUCUGCACAUGCGAUAGGAAACCUGUCACGUACAGCCACUCCUCCCGGAGCAACCCGACCCAGCUCCUUAGGAAUCAGUACAACAAAGCGGAGGCAAACAUUGCUAGCUGGCUGGGUUGGCUAUAGCAGGGACGUGGGGACAACAAGGGGCACCAGGUCCAAUGCAAAUCUGAGAGGACACGCGAUUGAUCGAGUGUUGGGUAUAACCGAAGUGGCGAAAAGUCGUUUUAACUGUGUUGUUUUGCUUACAACAAGGGUAGUGUUCGCUCAGCUGUCUUGGAGCGCCACGUUUUAGGACGGCGCGUGCAGGAGUAAAAGCGUCCCAUGCAAGUAAAAAGGGACUCGUGCCUUCGGACGGACAUCGCCAAGUGUCUAAUUGAUGGAUUCAGGGAGAAAGGAACAAACACACUCCCAGCCUCGACAGGAGCACAUUUGCGCCCAAGCUUUUUAGCACUGCUGCACGAGGAGCGUGUGUACUACCUUCGCGGUUGUUGCGAUAACUUUUUUUUUCCAUAGAAAAGAGGAAGUUUCCAGUCUGUAAUGGAAUAUGAAGGUUGCCAGCUAGCUUGCAAGUUAGAGGCUACUUCACUUCUAAGCAGUGACUGUUAAGGCUGUUUUAUUUCGCCAAUCGAAUGCACUAGCCUGGCUAGCUGGCACUCGGAUAUUGCUGAAAUUCAGCAACAGUAGGUUUUUUUUUUUAUACGCGCAUUCGCUUGCCCUCAGAUUAACAUCCAGAUGGAGGUCAGGCCCUCUGAUAUUCAGGAUGACAAAGGGAUUAAUCCCUCGAAAGUGGAGAAAAGAUUUGCCCUUUGUUACAUGGGCUGGUCACCGCUGGACAGGCGCACCACCCUGCCCAUGCUCCCGUGGCUGGUGGCAGAGAUUCGCAGGAAGAGUGAGAAGAACGAGACGGGACCCGUCCAGGCCAGGGAAGUUGAGCUGAUUCUAAUGCCUCCACUCAUCCGAUGCGUCCCGGCGAAUAACAGCAACGCGUCCAUUUUCAUCUUCGAACACAAAGCGCAGUUCAUUUCACGAUUCAUUCACAACAGCCACGACCUCACCUAUUUUGCCUACCUGAUCAGGAGCCAGCCUGACAACCCAGAGUCGGAAAUGGCAUGCCAUGUUUUCCGAGCGAGCGAUCCCAACAAGGUGCCCGAGGUGAUCAGCAGCAUCAGGCAGGUGUCCAAGUCGGCGCUGAAGGAGGAGUCCAAGCCCAAGCAGGAGGCCGAGGAGGCCUUCUACAACUCGCAGAAGUACGAGGUGCUGUACUGCGGCAAGGUGACCGUGGCGCACAAGCGGGUGCCGUCCACCCUGGUGGACGACUGCAUCGACAAGUUCCGGCAGCACGAGGCGGAGCAGAGGCGGCCGCGCCCGCUCAACGGCCAGCGAGGCUCCGCCCACACGCCCAUCGACUUCCUCCUGGGGGACGACCCCCUCAGCCCCGUCCUCGCGACCUGCCUGGAGCCCGAGAUCCUGGGACCGGUGGAGAGCGCUGACGGCCCGAGCCUGGGGAGCAUCCGGGCGGGUUUCCCAGAAUGCAUCCUGGAGGACUCCGGGUUCGAGGAGCAGCAGGAGUUUCGCACCAGGUGCAACAGCCUGGCGGGCGGGCUGCAGCGGAGGCAGCGGGAGGGGCCGCUGAAGGCCCCCCCCCGGAGGAGGCACGCCAGCGCUCCCAGCCACGUCCAGCCCACUGAUGCGGAUAAAAACCGCACCAUGCUCUUCCAGGUUGGGCGCUUUGAAGUCAACCUCAUUAGCCCCGACUCCAAGUCGGUGGUGCUGGAGAAGAAUUUCAAGGACAUUUCUUCCUGCUCGCAGGGCAUUAAGCAGACGGACCAUUUCGGGUUUGUCUGUCGCGACCCCGCAGAGACGGGGUCCAGCCAGUACGUGUGCUACGUGUUCCAGUGCGCUAGUGAGUCCCUGGUGGAUGAGGUGAUGCUCACUCUGAAACAGGCCUUCAGCACAGCAGCAGCUCUGCAGAGCGCUAAGACUCAGGUGAAGCUGUGUGAGGCCUGCCCCAUGCACGACCUGCACAAGCUGUGUGAGCGCAUCGAAGGCCUCUACCCCCCCAGGGCAAAGCUCUCGAUCCAGCGGCAUCUCUCCCAGCUGUCUGACAACGAGCAGGCGGACAUUUUUGAGCGGGUUCAGAGAAUGAAGCCGGGCUCGGACCAGGAGGAGAACGAGCUGGUCAUCCUGCAGCUGAGGCAGCUGUGCGAGAGCAAACAGAAAACACACCUGCACAUCGGGGAGAUGCCGCAGACGCACAGCGUCCCGAAUAACAGCACUUCAGAGAGCAGCACGAGCGCGGGCCGCUUCACGCUGGACGUCCUGAAGAACAAGGCCAGGAGCUCCCUCACCAGCUCCCUGGAGAACAUCUUCUCUAGGGGGGCCAGCCGGAUGCGGGGCCGUUUGGGGAGCAUGGGCAGCGCUGAGAGGCACGACUACUCUCCCGGGGACUCCCCGCCGGGCACGCCCCCGAGCUCCUUCGCCGAGGAAGACUCCGACGUUCCACAGUUCCGCCGCCGGGCUCACACCUUCAGCCACCUGCCGGUGAAGAAGCGCAUCUCCUUCAGCGAGCCGCAGACCCACGGCACCAAGGCCCCGCUGCGCAGGCAGCAGUCUGUGGCCCCCGAGCUGCUGCAGAGCAGCCCCGUCUUCUCGAGAUCACGCAGUGUUUCAGUGAGCGAGACCGCCAGCCUCCCCUCCUCCUUCUCAACUCCCAAUUUCCUGAAAAACUUUUACCAGGGGUCCCUGGGGUCCCUCAGCUCGCUAGCCGACAGCGGGACCCUCAAGAGCAGUAAUGGAGACAGCAGAAAGAAGUCCUUCUCGGGGGGCAGCAGUGAGACUCUGAUUUCUGGGCCCCCCUUCACCCCCCGCCGGGUCUCCUGGCGUCAGAAGAUCUUCCUGCGGGUGGCCUCCCCCAUGAACAAGCCCCCAGCGUCCAUGCAGGACCCAGAGGACCAGGAUGGCAGCGAGCUGCUGCCCCUCUCCCCACGCGCUUCGUUUCCGGACCAGCACCCCCUGGCCAGCCUGCUGUCCCCGGACCAGCCCCCCUCCGGGGAUCGGCCCCGGCGCACCGGGCCGGAGUACCGGGCCCUGUGGAAGAAGGCCAUCCACCAGCAGAUCCUGCUCCUGCGCAUGGACAAGGAGAACCAGCGCCUGGAGGCCAGCAGAGAUGAGCUUCACAUCCGGAAGAUGAAGCUGGACUACCAGGAGGUGGGCCAGUGUCCCGCGGACACCCUGGCCCAGUGGGAGAAGAAGCUGAGCGUCCCAGGAUGGGCCAAAGCCCAGUGGGAGAAAGAGGAGCUUCAGAGCACCCUGUACCAGGGCGUGCCUAAGACGCGCCGUGGGGAGGUGUGGCAGCUCACCGCACAGCAGCACCGGCAGCAGCACCGGCUCCCCAGCAGGCAGCAGCCGCCGGACACGCCCUACCAGGCCCUGCUCAAGCAGCUGACUGCGCAGCAGCACGCCAUACUGGUGGACCUGGGGCGCACCUUCCCCACGCACCCGUACUUCUCUGCGCAGCUGGGCCCGGGGCAGCUGUCCCUGUACAACCUGCUGAAGGCGUACUCCCUGCUGGACACGGAGGUGGGCUACUGCCAGGGCCUGAGCUUCAUCGCUGGGGUGCUGCUGCUGCACAUGAGCGAGGAGCAGGCCUUCGACAUGCUCCUCUUCCUCAUGUACGACCUGGGGCUCCGCCGCCAGUACCGGCCCGACAUGGUCUCUCUGCAGAUCCAGAUGUACCAGCUGUCCCGGCUGCUGCAUGACUACCACCGCAGCCUGUACUGCCACCUGGAGGCGCACGAGGUGGGCCCCAGCCUGUACGCCGCGCCCUGGUUCCUCACCGUCUUCGCCUCGCAGUUCCCCCUGGGGUUCGUGGCCCGCAUCUUCGACCUCCUGUUUGCUCAGGGGCCGGAGGUGGUCUUUAAAGUGGCCCUGAGCCUGCUCAGCAGCCACGAGGGCGAGAUCCUGGAGUGCGACAGCUUCGAGACGGUGGUGGACUUCAUGAAGAUCACCAUCCCCUCCCUUACCCAGGCCCAGAUGGAGCACGUCAUCGCCCAGGUGCUGGAGAUGGACAUCUCUAAGCAGCUCCAUGCCUAUGAGGUGGAGUACCACGUUCUGCAGGACGAGAUGCUGGAGGCCAUGCCAGCAUCUGAUGACUCAGACCGCUUGGACAAGCUGGAGAGGACCAAUGCCCAGCUGAAGAAGCAGAACAUGGACCUUCUGGAGAAGCUCCAGGCUGCGCGGGGUAAGAUCCAGAGCCUGGAGCAGAGUGUGGAGAGCUUGGUGUCGCGCGAGAGCCAGAUGAAGCACACGAUCCGCGCGCUGGAGCAGGAGAAGGCCUCGUUUCAGAAGACCGUGGAGCGCAUGCGCGGCUGCCAGCCCGAGGACGUCCUGUGCGACGUCGAGCUCACGCACAUCAAGCCCGGCUCUGACGGGAAACCCAAAGCCGCCAAAAAGCCCUGAUGCGCCGUGGAGCCGGGCCGGGGACGGGUGGACAGAUACCCCCCCCCCCCCCUUUCAUUGUAAAAAGUUGACUCGUGAUCACUGGUGUUUAUUUUGAGUGGCCUUAACAUUGUGGACCCGGGACAUUGUGAAAGUGCCCUGGAGUGGGGCAGUGUUCCUCUCUAUCGGUGUAAAUGUGUGAGAGAGGAGCUCUAGGCCUCUCUGUGUGCUCUGUCUGCUGCCCUCCUAUUGGAGCAGAGUCAGCGGCUUGGCUCUGCUAUUGGGGGAUUUCUGAUAAACGCGUAAUCUCCACCGAUGUCGCCUUUCUUCUAGACACGCCUAUAUUCCCCCCGUGGUGCUUCGCUGGAGUCUGCAGUCCUGUUCAGUCAGUAAUUCACCUGUGCGUAAGCGAUUCACCAGUAAGCCAUUCAAUCUAAUCAUUCUGCGUGUUCACAUACGUCCCCGUGCGACGAGGGUAAAAAUCUAAACAAAAACAAAUGUGCGCUUUGGAAAAAAAAAAAAUACUUGAAAUGAAGAUGAAUGUAUUCUCUUUCCAAAGAAACUGUGAGAUUGUAGUCUGCUGUUGUGGGUUGAAACGCAGCGGCAGAUAUUUCUGCGUAUGAAUAUUCACGCGCGCGUCUGAAUCGCACAAAGGCUUCUCGUGACGGCGAACGCUCCGUCCGUCGGCCUGCCGUCGCCAGCAGCGGAACCAGACCGAGCGGCGGUUCACAGGAAGUGCUCCUGCGCCCCGAGCCGGAGCAGGAUGUGAGGCUGUCUGCGUCUGCCAGCGGUUUCCUGUGUGACUGACCGCAGUGUCUGCCGACUCCGCCCGCUCACCGUUAACCUGCUCCAGACAGCCCCCGCCCGUCUGCCCCAGCGCUCUGCAGAUGCUCCUCUAAGGGAAAAUGCCGUUGCCGAGGUGAAAGGGGGGGCAGGGGGGGUUUCGUAGCGCUUGUUUUGCUGGUGGCUUCUCUCUCGCUAGCUUCCUCGGCGAAUGUUUUGAGUGGGUCUGAGUGCAGGAGUAACAGGAAGUGACUGAGCGCGAGAGCCCUGUCUGCUGUCACUGUGGAGUCAGCGCCCAGACACGGUGCAGUUCUGCAGCCUGCUCUUCCUCAAACCCAUCGUCUCACAAAAGCACCGCCCCUCACUUCUCCCCCGAUGCCUUUAUACUUUCAAUAUUCACGUUUUUUUGUUUUUCUCGUAGAUAGUCGAUUUGAACCAAGACAGGCACUCCUUCUAAAUUUCUGUAGCAUUUAUUGUGAGCUGUUUUCAGGUUUGUUACCAAAAAUGUGGCAUAGAGCCACUGCUGUUGCAGAUGAAUGGUGUAAUAUCUUCAUGUUUUAUUCUACUGUAAAACUUAAAUCUUUUGCUGAAACAUGGGGUCAAAGUACAGUAAUAUCUAUAUAUAAAGGGCAGUACUUUUGAUUAGUCCAUGUACACUUUAAAUCAUUUAAACAGAUUGCAUCCAAUUUUAAGUUGAAUUGAAACAUUGCCUGUAGAAUUCUUGCAGGCAGUAUAGCAAUGCAUUGUUUGUGACGUCCAAUCAUAACUGAGAUGAAUAUCAGGUGACACACAAAAGGAUCUAGUGGUGCUCAUUCCCCUUCAAGAAAACACAGCUGACCCUGUGAUCAGCACAUUCAAAAACAAAAACAACCUCGGGUGCCAGUAGGGUGGGUGUAUAGCUCUUCCACCCUUCAGUUUUUUAGUCCUGAAAUGAAAUAACUUCAUUCGUGGACCAUAAUAACUAAUUUCACUGAGCUGUGUCUAUUUUCAUCCAGCUUAUGGAGUCAUUUGAGACAGACAGCCACUAAGUUGUAAAACUUGCAUAACCUCUGCUUCACACAACGCUUGUGUACAGUACAUCAGCAGGUCAGUUAGGCUAAUUAUGAUGGAUAAUUGUCUUGUGUAUAUACACAGUUUGCAUACACAUGGUUACACGGAGAGCCUUUUAAACUUCUCUUUGAACAGCUGUUAUUGAAAAAGAUGCACUGUCAUUACAUGACCACAACAGACAUAGUUACAAAGUGUAUUUUUAGUGUUAUGUUAUUUUGUUUAUUUUAAGUUUUUGAGGGACCUGCAAAGUCGUGCUGUUUUUUUCUUCCACUGUUAGGUCUGGAGAGACGGAGGCUGAGCUGACGCUAGGUUAUCUGAAGGGCAGCUCUGGGCUGUCUCUGCAGAAUACUGAUGCCAUUACUUCAUGGUGAAUUGUGUAACAUGGGCUUUACACAAAAAAAAGUUUUUCAGAAUUAAAAAAAUGCAGCGUAAUUUUGCGUUGCGCAAUAACCUCUCGCAGGAAACGAUAGCGUGCGCAUCGGUCACAGAAACAGAAUGAGAACGCUGCUUGAGCCUUCAGCUUUUCUGUGUGCUCAUGACGUGAGUACAGCUUUACAGACAUGCAUAUCUGAAAGCGUAUGUCCUGCACAUACAGCAUGGCAUUCUUCUCUGAAAAAAACGCCCUCUGUUUAAGCAUGUUUUUCCGCCCACCAAGUUCAACAUUUUUUUUGUUUGCCGACUAAGUGCCAAAACCAGCGGACAGCGGGCUUUCUGCCCCGAGCGAAAGCUUCAGAAGUCGCGCAUCUGUUUGGAGACGGGAGAACGAGCCUCGUUCUCUCUCUGUGCAUCUCUUCUGCUGUAUGUACGCUUGUUUGUGUGUAGUGUCUUGCACACUAUAUUUUGCAACAAAUCAAUGGUGUAUGACCUACCAUAACUAUUGGCUAAUUGUACAGAUUCUGCCGUUCAAUUUCAGUACGUAAUGCACAGGAAACAUUGGUAGACACUGUCUCUCUCUCUCUCUCUCUCUCUCUUAACCCACACACACACAGAGAUAUACCAAAAUAAAAGCGCAUUUCACUGCCUUUUUGUAAUUCA